GUAGCCGGUGGAAUGUAGCGCUCAGUUGCUUUCCAGUUCUGAGGGAACAUCCUCGCCUCGCUGGAGUGCGAGGGAGAGUUUGUUUUAGGGGAAGAUCGCACGUAAUUGUGGGAGAUCUACGCGAUCGCUGUUUUUUCUCCUAAAAGUACUUUUAGUUCGUCCCAAAGGAAUCAACCCAACCCCCGCCAAAGCAAAGAUGCUGAGUUUUUUCCGCCGCACGCUGGGCCGGCGGUCCAUGCGGAAACAUGCGGAGAAGGAGCGGCUGAGAGAGGCCCAAAGGGCCGCCACCCACAUCCCUGCGGCUGGUGAUGCGAAAUCCAUCAUCACCUGCCGAGUAGCGCUGCUGGACGGGACGGAUGUCAGCGUGGACCUGCCGAAAAAAGCCAAAGGCCAGCUGCUGUUUGAGCAGAUCAUGUAUCAUCUGGACCUUAUAGAAAGCGACUACUUUGGAUUAAGGUUCAUGGAUUCUGCACAAGUGGCGCAUUGGCUGGACAACACAAAAAGCAUUAAAAAGCAAGUUAAAAUUGGCCCACCAUAUUGUCUGCAUUUUCGUGUAAAGUUUUACUCAUCAGAGCCCAAUAAUCUGCGGGAAGAGCUAACAAGGUAUUUAUUUGUUCUGCAGCUGAAACUGGAUAUUCUUAGUGGAAAAUUGGAAUGUCCUUUUGACACAGCCAUCCAGUUGGCAGCUUAUAACAUGCAAGCUGAACUUGGAGACUAUGAUCCUGCUGAACAUGUCCCUGAACUGGUGUCUGAGUUCAGGUUUGUUCCCACUCAGACUGAAGAGAUGGAACUAGCUGUUUUUGACAAGUGGAAGGAAUGCAGGGGGCAAACACCAGCACAGGCUGAAACUAACUACUUAAACAAAGCUAAGUGGCUGGAAAUGUAUGGUGUAGACAUGCACAUAGUCAAGGCAAGAGACGGCAAUGAUUACAGCCUGGGACUGACACCUACGGGAGUUCUUGUCUUUGAAGGAGACACGAAGAUUGGUUUGUUUUUCUGGCCAAAGAUAACAAGGCUUGACUUCAAGAAAAACAAACUCACUCUGGUUGUUGUUGAAGAUGAUGAACAGGGAAAGGAGCAGGAGCACACUUUUGUCUUCAGACUGGAUCAUCCCAAAGCCUGCAAACACUUGUGGAAAUGUGCAGUGGAACAUCAUGCCUUCUUCCGGCUCCGAGGUCCUGUCCAGAAGAGCUCAAGUCGAUCAGGCUUCAUCCGGUUGGGAUCUCGGUUCCGAUACAGUGGGAAAACAGAAUAUCAAACCACCAAGACCAACAAAGCCAGGAGAUCAGCAUCCUUUGAAAGACGGCCCAGCAAGAGAUAUUCAAGACGAACACUGCAAAUGAAAGCACACACUGCUAAACUGGAAGAAACAAGUACUGCAAACAAUGCUGUUAUCAGCCAAACUAAUGGAUCACAAAGCUGGAAUGCAAAACCAAACCUACCUGUCCUAACAGCGGUUCCUUCUGCCCCAGUCUUAGUGGAAAUAGAAAAUCUCCCCAGGAGCCCAGGAGCCAACCAGCAAGACAAGAAGUGGCCCUUUGACGCUGCCGACCGUUGUCUCCGUGGUGGAAGCGCGUGGGACGCGUGGGCCCCGCCGAGGAGCGGCGUGGACGGACGGUGCCCCGCGUUCGUCCACGAGCGCAAUGCGAAGAACGCGGGGAUGCACAGCAGUGCUGGUGCCUAUGCUGUCCAAACCACCAUGACCAGCCUCUGAGAUGGGGGCCUUGCUGGAGCUUGGGACUGCUUCCCAGCAGAGCCUGGGAAAUUGCCUCUUGAGCUGUCUCUGAGAUAAGAACAACGGACCCAGGGCUGACUGUAGAGGGAGGGCAAAGCUUUAUGACAAAAGCUCUGCAUAUUGUACUGUUGGUAUUUAGGCUUCAAAGAAAAAAGAGCGUGUAGACCAGAAGCCACACGUCACUCUUACAUUAGAAACAAUAUAUAUCUAUCUAUAUUUAUAUCUAGAUAGAUCCUUUAAAUUAUGUUAUGGUUUUCCUUAAGCUUGAAAGAUUUACUUUUUUUUUUUAGCUGGGUUGAUCUUUGAAAGCCAUGCAGGAAGUCACAUUUGUUAAAAAACUAUACAUGAAUCUAGUGGGUUAUAAUGUGGUUUCAAAAAUCUAAGAGAAGCAGGAUGUUACUGCCCCUCCUUUUGAACCAUGGUCAUGUGAAAAUAUCUAAGGUACGUGCUUGAUCUGAAAACUAACCUUUUUAUUUUUUUUUUUCCCAAUAAGACCUCUUCCUGAAACAGAUUGUUUGAAAAUGAAAUAGAAUUAUUUUCAUUUUUUAAGAAUAAAAUUAUCAAAAUUCCCAAGAAGGCAAAGAGUAAUCCUUUAUCUUUCAAAAAAAUUUUCUUUUUGCUGCUGUUCUUCAGUUGAAAAGAAAGAGAAAUAUUUCCUGACAGACACCAGUUCAACCAUAUGAUUCACGGGGUUAAUUUUUAAGUCAGAGGUUAAGACUCCAGCUUCAUGGCUCAUUGGUGUCCUUGGGGGCCUUUAACAACAUGAAAAACAGACCUUUACCCUUGAACACACUGUGUUUUCAUGUGUUUUCUGAAGUUAGCUACUUUUAAAAUGCAAUAUUCUUCACCUGUUAUAAAGAAAAAAGGAUGAAAAGCUGUAGUAGAGGGCUUUUGAAAUUCAUUUAUAUUUGAUUUUUAGGAAAAAGAAGGUGUUUGAAUGAUUUUCAAAUUGUUUCACUAUGUUUCAAAUUGUCACAGAGCCCAGAAAUAUUGUUUCCAGAUAUUCAGCCCAGAAGAACCAAGAAAUAAAGUGUCAACCAGGAAAUAGCUUAAUAUUACCUGAGAUACUUUGGCCUCCUCACCCCUGCAUCUGACAGGGGGAAGGAGAUUGAUAAUGAAAAGUCUAUUUUACAACUCUGCUUAAAAAAAAAAAAGAGAUGUGCAAGCUGUAUAUUAAAGAUCUGUGAGGUCUACCAAGGUGAUAGGAGUAAUCUGUUGUGCUGUUUUUAGUUUUAGAUUUUGCAUGGUGGAUGUUGUAAACUUCUGGAGUGAAGCAAACUCGUGUGUUCCUUUAUUAUUUAUAACGUUGCAUAAGAAUAUGAAAAUGAAAACAGGUGUUUUAACUUAACAAUAUCAUAAAAUGUCUGUGUAGUUGAAGGAGAAGAAACCACUAAUUUGAAUGGAAUAAUUUGGGAUGCUUUUGUGUUUAAAAUGCAAGAACACUGUUGCAAUAACAAGUCACUGUUUUAUUGCAGUUUUAAGUUCAGAUGUGCUUUUGUAGAGUCAGGCCACUGCAAGUAGUGGCAGACUUCUCAGAUAUCAGAGAAGUUUUGUGAGGCUGCCAAAGAAUUAAAGAGUAGUGGAGGCUGGAAGGUGCCUCCAGAGAUAAUUAGUCCACGGCCAUGCCAAGAGCAGGUUUGAGUGGAGCAGGUUGCUUAGGACCAUGCCAGCCAGGUUUUCAGUAUCUACAAUGAUGGAGACUUCACACCUUCCAUGAGAGACGUGUUUCACCAACCUCAUAGGAAGAAAAGUUGGGGUUUUUUUCUUUUGUUUAAACGGAGUUUCCUGUAUUUCAGUUUGUGCCCAUCGCCUCUUGUCCUUUCUUUGGCCUCCCUUGAGAAGAGUUUUACUGUUGUCUUUACUCCCUCCAUCAGCUUUUUAUAAACAUUGGUGAGAUCCUCCUGAGUUUUCACUUCCCCAGGCUGAGAAUCCCAGCUUUCUCAACCUCUCCUCCUAUCUCAGGUGCUCCAUCCCCUUUGUUAUCUUUGUGACCCUUUGCUGCUCUCCCCCCAGUAUGUCUGUGUCUCUCUUGCCCUGGGAAGCCCAGAGCUGGGCACAGCACUGUGGGGUGUCUGCCCAGUGCUGAGCAGAGGGCUGGUGACCCUCCUGAUGGUCAUGGACUGCCCUGGGAUUAAUCGUAAGUUCGGUAAUUAAAGCUGUGACAAAGGUUUUUGUAGUAGAUUUUUUGCAUGACAGAUUCAGCCCUGGUUGCCUAAAGUCCAUCUACCUUUAGGAUUAAGUUGUUUCAGUGGGGUAUACCUUGCAUGCUUUUGUACCCGUGGCUGUGAAUCUUGGAUACAACCUGAGGGUAGAUUUUCCUCUGUGCUAGGCUUAUUUUGGUGUGCCUUCAUUGACUUUAGGAGAAUUACUCUCUUAGUAUCCAUUAGGGUGAGUGACAGCUCUCAGUAGCAGAUGCUGAUCCCAACAGCACCAAGCUGCAUUUUUACAGGCACAGGUCACAUGCUCCAGGAAUUGCAAUGAGGAAGCACGUGGAUGUCUUUCUAAACAGUGUGGUGGUGAUAUUCUUUUUGCUUUGUUUGGUAUCCCUGAAGGUCCUGCAGUCAGCACCUUUUCCCAAGGGUCGUUUCUAUCCUUUGCUGUAGUUGUUCACUUGCACUUUUGUCAGUAUUUGGAAUUAUCUUCAAACAAAUGGAAGACAGCAGAAGUCUUGGAAUGUGGUACUUGCUUGAUUAGAAACUGAAUGUGUGUGAGCUGUCUCUGUUUGUCAGAUCUUACAUCCCAGGAUUUUUCCUUUUGCUUUCUAUACUUUAUUGGGAAAAGAAAGCUCUUUUUUUUUCCUGAAUAUUUUGUGUUUUCAUUUAGGAAAAACCUCUGAAAAGGUUUAAAUUCACUACUCUUCUUCAGGUACAACAUUGGAUGCACCAAAAUUAAGAAAAUUAACAAAGAAUUUCAUAAUGUUGUACUACCUUGCAGAGUUUGUGUCAGAGACUUUUCUGUGUCACUACUAGUUUGAAAAAAUAAAUGAGCUUGCAUGGUACUCCAUGCUGUUUGAAAUUAGAUGGUUUUCAAGAGAAUUAAGUCUUUUGUAGCAGACUCAGUUAGUGUAUUUGGAAGAUUGUAUUUCAUAAACCAGCAUGAAGUAUGGUUUUGCUUUUCAACUAGGAAAUUAAAACCACACCAGUUGUAACUGGCAGCUUUCUCAGUCACAUUAUACAUUGAAUGCUGUGUGGUACAUACUAAUAUCAAUAUAUUUGUUAGGAAAAAAGAAGAGAGAAUGGAGUAGCUACUCCCUUAACUGUGUGAAAUCCCUGAGCAUAUAAUGACUUCUGUGUGAUUUAUUACUGGGUUGACAAACCUUUCCAUGUACUACAACCCUUCAUUAUUCCUAUAUGCAUAAUUAUUUAUGUGGCAUGAACUCCUGGUAUCUUUUAUCAGCAUUUCCCCUCAGAGUAUUUCUUAAAAUAUGCUGGUGGAAGUUGAUUCUGAAGACACAAAGCCUGUCACUUACUGCUGUGCAAAGUUCAAAAUAUCCCCUGGUAUGUGUGUAAAUACAGGAAUGUGGAAAGUUAAUGCCCUUUUCAUGGUUGAGAAGGGCAAGCUGACUGUUGUAAAGUCCUACUUUUCCUAGGCAGCCUUUGGCUAUUUCCUUUAUGAUUGGUGGGACAGUUCAUCAGUGUGUUUGUAAGAGAUGUCAGAAAUUCUGUGCAGUGAUGCAAGUAGUAUCUUGUGCUUUUUAUUUCCCUAGUUUGGUCAUUUAUGAAGCCAGCAUGGUAGUCCUCCUGCAGGUGCUCUGAAAAGGGUGAGAGUCUGGGUGGCCUCCAAUGAUUUGAUGGUGUUUGGAGAACUCCACUUUUGUGCCUGCAAAUUCCAGUGGCUGAGGGUCUCCCUAGUAUGACUUUCCUCUUGUUGACUGCGUAUCUCAGGGUAGCUGAGUAGGUGUUUCAGUGGGUCUGAAGGCAAGAUGGGGUCAAUUCCUACUUGAAUCUUGGCCUAGGAGGCUUCCCUGAGUCCACCUAAAAGUCAUUUAGUUUCCCUGAGGCCCUGUCAUGAUGCAGGGGUGAAGCUGCAGGGUCUCAUCCAAGUUGUCCUUGUACCCCAGCCAGUUCUCCGUCCCAUGGCACAAAUGGCAAUAAGUUUUUGUACAAACUUUGGUCACUUCAGUGUAAGCAGGUUUUGGAACAUGAGUGUGCCAUUUUAAUGUGUUGUCACAUUUUAAGACUGCCCUGAUCUAUAAUGGGCAAGUUUUUGAAUCAACUCUCUUGUCUGUCUAGUAAAUAUUGCAGUUGUCAUGAGGAGGAAAAGGCUGGUAUAAUUAUCCUAGCAGUUUUCUAGUAAAGAUAAAUCUCAUUUUUCACUCAUUUCCUCUCCUCUGUGCUACAAUGCUAAGAAAAGAAUUAGAAGAUUUAAGCACAAAGAAGUGUUACUGAUGCUCUACAUCAUGUCUCUGAUGUAGAGUUCAUGGGAACUUAUUCCAAGUUUCUUCAACACAUGGUGUCAGCACCUCUCUGUGCUGCAGGCAAAAUCUGAGCUUUUAUAAUGGUUGUCAUAUUAAACAACUGGGAGGAUAUUUACAGAAAACUGUCAGAAAAUAGGAAGAAAAUUGUGCAUUAUUGGCACUAAAAUGAUGAUAUUCUGUAAUCUGUUUCAGAGCUAUAUAUUUAACAUUGGAAAGAUUCUUUUGGGUGCUUGAGCUGGAGGGGGAGAGUUUUUUCCUGGAGCCUCUAGUGGCAACAGGGCACUGCUUCCAGAUUCCAGGGUCUGGAGAGAGGCAUGGGGCAUUAAACUGGUAGUGGUAGGGGAGAAACUGGUCUAAACUAUGCAGUAGGAAGCAUCUCUUGUCUGUGCUAAAGGGUAAGUUCUAUUGUGGGUGCUAGCUUGAUGUCAUCGUUCUCAUAUUUGGGGUAGGACUUUCAAAAGUGAUAGAUUUCUCUUCUUAAACUAAUAUUGCAGCAGGUAAUUGUUGACUGAAAUGGGCAAUAAUCAAGCUGCAGUUGUGUGCACAGGCCGCGUCUGAUUAAGCUUCAUGUUCUGCAGCAGUUGUUCCUCUGUUUGUUAGUUGGCUGUUAGGAGAGCUUUAGCUGCUCCCAAACUUGGAAGGGAUGUAUGAGAUUCCUGAAUGCUGGCACAACAUCAUAAUAUAAUUUUUCUUUUCAUAAUUGUUUCUCUUUGUUCAUUGGAAGUACAGCUUGUAGGGCAAAAUAAAAAGGAGACAUUUCCGUCAGACGGCAAAGGAGGUGAAACAAGUGAUCCUGGCAGGGUACAGCGUACACGCUGUGGUUCACUUAAAAUAUUGUGACUGCUAAAGUUUCAUUCACGUCUCUGCCGAAGUUAAAAAACUGAAACUGUUAAUAGGUAUGCCUGACCAUAACAGUAUCAAUGCAGACCUGUGCAGUGCACCCUUCUGCCCUCUGUUCUGCUUGCAAGUGUUGGGUGAAGUGCUGCACAAACAACUUCUUGUGAUACCAACUUCCCUCCCCCUCACUUUUCUUUUUCUCAUGUAAAAAUCCUAAAGGCUACCUUGAGUCUGUUAGAAAAACUACAAAUGUUUGUUCCAAAACAGCGCAUUUAAUGGUUUAAAAACUUCCCUUCUUCUCUCUUCACUUUUUCCACUGGUGUGUGAUGAUGCAGUGGGCAACAUAAACCUGUUUUUUUAUGAAGCAACUUACACAGACAUAAAAUGUUCCCUUUGUUAUGUUUUUUAAGCUCACUGAGAGCCAAUGUCUGUUUAGUUACCUGAAACACUUUUUACAGAAUGUGUCUGGUUAGCAGAAGACAGCUUGAAAAAAAGAGAUUACAUGUGUCAAAGCUUUUUCUUGUUACAGGAAGAGUGGUAACAUGAUUCUGCGUAUCUCUGCCCAUCUUUCUGCCU